GGCAGCGACCAAUCACCAUGCCAUUACAGCUUUCAGAGGAAGCUGUUUAUGGGACUGCAGCGCUAAUUAGGCUCAUGAACUAACAAAUCUGCCUGCACGAACCCGGCGAGGAAAACGAUCACAUCCAUGGAUUAGUCUGGGAGUAGCCGAGCACUUUUUAUUUUGGCUUUCUCGGCACUGCCGCCUUUUCCGAACUUAUUUACUGCGCAGAAACUUUCCCCCUUUCUUGGGUGUGGAGUAUUUUUUAAGCGAGAGCGCCUACGACGACUUUAACUUAAACUGGGGAAUCUGGACUAUCAGACCAUGUUUCAACCUACACCCAAGAGGUGUUUUACUAUAGAAUCUUUAGUGGCGAAGGAUAAUCCUGUACCGGCGUCCCGCUCCGAGGAGCCCAUCAGGCCAGCGGCUCUCAGCUAUGCAAACUCCGGCCAGAUGAACCCCUUUCUGAACGGCUUUCACUCCGGCGGCAGGGGCGUCUACUCUAACCCGGACUUGGUGUUCGCCGAGGCGGUCUCUCAUCCGCCAAACUCCGCCGUCCCGGUGCAUCCGGUGGCCCCGCCGCACGCCCUGGCCGCUCACCCGCUUUCUUCCUCACACAGUCCGCACCCUCUUUUUGCCAGCCAGCAAAGGGACCCCUCAACUUUCUACCCCUGGUUAUUACACAGAUAUAGGUACUUGGGUCACAGAUUUCAAGGGAAUGAAACGAGUCCAGAGAGCUUCCUUUUGCACAACGCGCUGGCCAGAAAGCCCAAAAGAAUCCGGACAGCUUUUUCACCCUCGCAACUCCUGCGGCUCGAACACGCGUUUGAGAAAAACCAUUACGUGGUGGGAGCAGAAAGAAAACAGCUCGCCCACAGCCUUAGCCUCACAGAAACUCAGGUAAAAGUGUGGUUUCAGAACCGGAGGACGAAGUUCAAGCGGCAGAAGUUGGAGGAGGAGGGCUCGGAGUCUCAGCAGAAGAAGAAAGGAUCGCAUCACAUAAACCGGUGGAGACUGGCGACGAAACAGGCGAGCCCAGAGGAAAUUGAUGUCACUUCGGACGAUUAAAAAAAAAAAAGA